AUGACAAGUGUCAAUUUUGAAUUUCUAAUUUUUUUCUCUUGCAUCCCUGGCCUGGCAUCAACAGAUGACUGGGCGUCCCACUUGUUUUACUUGACCAACAACGGGGCUUGUGGCUGGCAGGGCAAGAUGAGUGAAUUGGAAUACUACGAAAAACUCAAACAGCAAAACCACCCUUGCAAAAUGUUGGCUAUUGCGGACCAUUGGCUGCGCAAGGAGUUGGAACAAAUGCGCAAAGAGAAAAGGACCGAGAGGGCACAAGGAGAAAUGGCUCGUCCCGAAACAUACGACAACCAUCAGGGUGGAUAUGCCAGUGGACGCCUCUUGAAUGCUGAGACUGACGAAAUGGAAACUUAG